AUGGGCAAGGUCAAAAACAAGACCAAUGCCCCCGCAAUCAUAGGCAUCAUGACUGAUGACGACAACGUCAUGAUGCUUGGAGGCAGGCAGCUCAAGGCUGGCGAUGAGUAUCUCUUCCCCAAAAACGUCAAGACGAGUGUGUUUGUCAACCAGUCUGGCUAUGGUCACAACGGUCACAACCCCCGCGUUGGAUUCGAAUGCAUUGCUGAGCAUGGCGAGCUCCACGGUCCUUGUAGCACCGCCACUCACUAUGAGGUUCAGGCUGAUGUCAAGGCCGCUAACAGCUACAAAUUGUUGUUUGUCGGCCCACUCAAGGGAGCCACGGUUAUAGCCUUCAAAUUGGCGGGAUCCGCUGCUGACGAGGAGCUUGAAACUCUUCCGUCGGAGGCAGUGCCCCAGUCAAUUAUUGACGCCAACAAGAAGGGUGCCGAUCUGGUCGCUCUUUGGAUUUCCUGGGAUGACAAGCCUUUGGACGAGCCUAAGAACGAGCUUGAGAACGAGCCUAAGCUCGACUUGAUGACCUAUCCUCCAGCUGUCGCCAAGGGCACCAACUACGGCCUUGUCCACAAUGAUGAGCCCUUCGAUGGUGGCGUCACCAUUUCAAAGAUACUGGCCUCGCCUUGCAUCUUCGCGUAUAUUCCAAGGAGCCACUAA